GAUGGAGGUCUGCGUUUCGAUUCCGAUUCCGAUUCCCAUUCGGAGUCCGGAGUGUCGUAGGCUCCAUCACGAUAAGAUUGAACAAUGGUGGGGGGGUGUAUGGUUUUUGUAUCUGGGCCUUACGAUUAACCAAUGUUUAUGGUGUAAACAGAAACCCGAGUUGGCAAUUGCGUUGUGAUUAAUUUUUAUAACUCCAAAGUGCCCUUUUGCUCCAUUUACGUGGAAAGUGAACGGUUUUAUGGUAUUAUUCUAGUCGAUGGACUUGGGUUUGGGUGGCUAUAUCACAAUAUUUAUUGAAAUAUAAGACAUGUAAGCAGGCUGUUUAACUGUAGCUUUACAUCUUUGGAACUUAUUCACACUCAACUCGUUGAUGUAAAUUUCCCAAUUUAGUUUGUUCAAAUUCCAGUGACUAAGAAGAGAGAUGAUCACCCGCUUGAAGAAUUGGCCGUGCCUGCUGAAACGCUUCUCGAUCCAGCAGAUCCACCAGUUCACCCACCUGUCCGGCCGCUUCGAGCGUGCGCCUCAAUCCAGUAAAUCCCCGCGGGAUCCCUACCUCGUCACUGUGGUGCAGGGAAGAUCGAAGAAGCCGCGUUUUCCGGGAGAGCGGUCCAAUCAGCGUUUCGGCGAGGACAGCUGGUUCGUCAACUCCACGCCCCUGGCCGAGGUGAUGGGCGUGGCCGACGGCGUGGGCGGCUGGCGGGACUUGGGCGUGGAUGCGGGUCGUUUCGCCAAGGAGCUGAUGAGCUGCUGUUCCGGGCAGACGCAGCUAUCGGACUUCGAUGGACGCAGUCCCCGGAACUUGCUCAUCGCCGGCUUCCAGGAGCUGUCCCACCGGGAGCAACCUGUGGUGGGAAGCAGCACUGCCUGCCUGGCGACGAUGCAUCGGAAGGACUGCACCCUGUACACCGCCAAUCUGGGGGACAGCGGCUUCUUGGUGGUGCGAAAUGGACGGGUGCUGCACCGCUCGGUGGAGCAAACCCACGACUUUAACACGCCCUAUCAGCUGACAGUGCCGCCGGAGGAUCGGAAGGAGAGCUACUACUGCGACAAGCCGGAAAUGGCCGUGUCCUCGAGGCACUCCCUACUACCCGGCGACCUGGUGCUCCUGGCCACCGAUGGCUUGUUCGACAACAUGCCCGAGAGCAUGUUGCUCAGUAUAUUGAAUGGCCUAAAGGAGCGUGGAGAGCGCGAUCUCCUGGAGGGCGCCAGCCGGGUGGUGGAGAAGGCCAGGGAACUGUCCUUGAAUGCCAGUUUCCAGUCGCCCUUCGCCAUCAAGGCCAGGCAGCACAAUGUUUCCUACUCCGGCGGCGGGAAACCCGAUGACAUCACUCUAAUCCUGUCCAGCGUCGAGGUGCCAAGUGUCUAGUCAAGUCAAGUCAAGGCGUCUGCAGCAAAUAUUAGUCCGUGUCCAUCAGCAGUCGGCGAUAAAAACCCAAAUAUAAUUUGUUUAUACAGAUAUAGGUCUUGAAAUAUGGUAUACAUAAACUGGCGUAUUUAUAGA